CUUACAGGGUGCCCUUCAACCAUAGAAGCCACUUACACACACUUAUCACAUACGUACAUUUUAUUAUUAUUAUUAUAAUUAUUAUUAUUUUAUGCAAUACAAUAGCCGGUAACCGUUUAGGUUAUAUGAAAAACAAUAAUAUACAAGUACAUUUUCCCCUCAUGACGUCAUCGUUCGAAUUUAACGGCUUCACUCUAUCACAGAGAUGAGUAUACAAAAUUAAUAAAUCAUGCACUUUCAUAGUUGGGUGUGGCUUGUUGUUAGGGGAAAAUUCAUAUUCAAGCAAAUGAUGUGUAGUUUUUGCUUAAAUUAAUUGCUAAAUGAACUAAAAUUUCAGGGGCGUCACUAGGUUCUGAGGACGGGGGUGGGACUUAGCCCCCUGGAGAUGACCAUGAUAUGAAUGAAUGUAGUAGUAAAUGUAGUAGUAAAAACAUAUAAUACGGUAUAUAUAUAUAUAUAUGAUAUACCGAUAUGACCAUCUUUGCUGACAGGAUAGGGUUGUAUAGUAUAGUUGUAUAUAUUAACCACUCUAAAUUAACCCACUAUUUUUGGCUAUUAUACUCUUAUUUUGUUAACUAAAUUGGGUAUUAUGAGGAUAAAGGUGAUAUAGGGGUGUUUCUAAAGGAUGUCUAAUGUUAAAAAAAAAAACACUAAAUAAGGACUCCUACUUCCUCAUUCAUUCAUCACAGCGAUGUAGAGAGGGAUUUUAUAUGCAAUUCAGCCGUCUCUCAGACAGAUGGGGCUGGCUUUCCAGCUCCCAAAAGACGCCGACAUUUGCACACUUUGUGCAACAUGGGAGUUAGAAAAAGAAGAAAAGAGCUACAGUUCUCUGGCCUAUUUAGAAAUCUCUUGCUGGAAAAAAAAAAAAUCACUCCCAAGAUUUGAACUGCACUUACGAGUCUUAAGUCAAAGGUGAGGCAGAUAAGAACGAAUGAAAUCCUUCAUUGAGUGAGAUAAGAGUUGAAUAGGGAGGAGAAGAAGACGAGACCUUGGACCCACUUGACUUGUCUUCUUUUGCUUCCCACCGCUUGCAGUGUAGUGGAAGAAGGGUUCUGUCAUUCCUGGUGGACAACAUGAAGAUUAAUUUCGCCCCCGUGGACGUGCCCCUGCACAGGAGACUGCAGACCGUUGCGGUGCUGCAGUGGGUCUUCUCAUUCCUGGCUUUGGCACCCACAUGUAUCUUCCUGUUCUUCUAUCUGCUCUUCACUCGCUUCUGGUUGGUCAGCAUGCUCUACGCCGUCUGGUGGUUCUUUGACUAUGACACUCCUUCACGAGGAGGGCGGAGGGUGCCUUAUUUGUGCGGCAUCAGAAUUUGGGACUACAUGCGGGAUUACUUUCCCAUUAAGUUGCUGAAGACAGCUGACCUGGACCCGAGACACAACUACGUCAUAGGCUUCCACCCACAUGGCAUCUUGGUGGCAGGAGCCUUUACCAAUUUCUGCACGUAUUGCACAGGAUUCAUGCGGCUAUUUCCAGGCAUUACCACCUACCUGCUCAUGCUGCCCCUGUGGUUUCGAGCCCCCUUCUUCAGAGACUACAUCAUGUGUGCAGGCCUAAUUCCAUCUGACAAAGAAAGCGCCAGUUAUCCACUCCGGCGGACGUGCGGCGGUAAUGCUGUUGUAAUAGCGGUCGGCGGCGCCCCAGAGGCCCUCGACGCUCACCCAGGGAUGUACAACGUGCUCUUAGCCAAGAAGAAAGGCUUCAUUAAAAUGGCGAUGGAGCAUGGAGCUCACCUGGUGCCAGUGUUCUCCUUUGGAGAGAAUGAGGUGUUUGAUCAGGUGGGGAACCCGAGAGGAACCUGGCUUAGAAGUAUACAGGAACUGCUGCAAAGGAUCAUGGGCAUCUCCUUGCCUCUCUUCCAUGCUCGUGGGAUUUUCCAAUAUUCCUUCGGCCUCAUGCCUUACAGGAAACCCAUCCAUACCAUCGUUGGGCGGCCCAUUCGGGUGGCGAAAAACGAGAAGCCGACGGCCGAGGAGCUGGACACCCUCCACCAGUUAUACAUGGACCAACUCAGCAACCUCUUUGAGGAGCACAAGUCCAACUACGGUGUGGACAAGGACACACACCUCAACUUUGUCUGAUGUGGACAAACCGUGCGUUGCUAUUUAUUUUGAGAAAAUGUUUUAUUCCGUAGCGUCUCACACACAACAUAUCUCUGGCAUUGUAUACGUACGUACAUACAUACAUACAUAAGUACAGGUUGUAUAUGAAAUACAGUAGUGCAGCGUGUAUCUGAGAUGCCCAUAAAACACAAUGUAACUUCAUGCACACUUCAAUUCUACUUUAGACUAAUGAUAAUAAUCCGCAAGGCAUGCUGGAUAGCCUCCUGUUGUCCCAGCAUACCUUGCGGGUUACAUGUAAAUUACUAUUUUAGUGUCUAUUUUCAUACCCGCAAGGUCCGUGUGGUACAGUUACAUUACAUAGGGUAAAAAAAAUUUGUGUUGAUUUAAGAUUGUGCUGUGUUUUAGUUGGCAAUGUGUGCGGCGACCCCAACACCCCCCCUCCCCUUAGCACCGAUGACACAAGUCAAGGUCUCCUCGCUAUCAAUUACAGUCUGGGAUUG